AUGGAAGAUGAUAAGGGCUCUGAGUAUGGCAAACCUGACUUCGUGCUUUUGGAUGAAGUGACCAUGGAAGACUUCAUGACGAACCUGAAGCUCAGGUUUGAGAAGGGCCACAUCUACACCUAUAUUGGUGAGGUACUGGUGUCUGUGAACCCCUAUCAAGAGCUGCCACUGUAUGGGCCUGAGACCAUCAACCAGUACCAGGGUCGUGAGCUCUAUGAGCGACCACCCCAUCUCUAUGCUGUAGCCAAUGCUGCCUACAAAGCCAUGAAGCGCCGGUCUAGGGACACCUGCAUCGUUAUCUCAGGGGAGAGUGGGGCAGGCAAGACAGAAGCUAGCAAGUAUAUCAUGCAGUACAUCGCAGCCGUCACCAACCCAAGCCAGAGGGUGGAGGUGGAGAGGGUCAAGGACGUGCUGCUCAAUUCCACCUGCAUACUGGAGGCCUUUGGCAACGCUUACACCAACCACAACCACAACUCUAGCCGCUUUGGCAAAUACAUGGACAUUCUUUUCGACUUUAAGGGAGACCCCAUUGGGGGUCACAUCCACAGCUACCUCCUGGAGAAGUCUCGAGUCCUCAGGCAGCACGUGGGCGAAAGGAACUUCCACUCUUUCUACCAGAUGCUAUGGGGGAGUGAGGAGGAGUUGCUUCAAGAGCUGCACUUACAGCGAAAUCCUGCCCUGUACACUUUUACCCGCCAGGGAGCAGAGCUCAAUGCCUUGGACAGAGAUGAGAGGAGCCACCAGGUGGUGACCCAGGCCAUGAGGGUAAUUGGCUUCAGUUCUCAGGAGAUGGCAUCUAUUCACCGGAUCUUAGCUGCCAUAUUGCACCUGGGAAACAUUGAGUUUGUGGAGACACAGGAAGAGGGGCCAGAGAAGGGGAGCCUAGUGGUGGCCGAGGAGGUGCUGGUGGAUCAUGUGGCUGAACUGACGGCCACACCCCGGGACCUGGUGCUCCGCUCCCUGCUGGCUCGAACGGUGGCCUCAGGGGGCAGGGACCUCAUUGAGAAGGGCCACUCCACAGCUGAAGCCUGCUAUGCCCGGGAUGCCUGUGCCAAGGCGAUAUACCAGCGGCUGUUUGAGUGGAUCGUGAGCAGGAUUAACAGUGUCAUGGAAGCCCGAGGCCGGGACCCUCGGCGUGAUGGCAAGGACACAGUCAUUGGUGUGCUGGACAUCUAUGGCUUCGAGGUGUUCCCUGUCAACAGCUUCGAGCAGUUCUGCAUCAACUACUGCAAUGAGAAGCUCCAGCAGCUGUUCAUCCAGCUUAUCCUGAAGCAGGAGCAGGAAGAGUACCAGCAUGAAGGCAUUGCCUGGCAGAGUAUUGACUACUUCAACAAUACAGCCAUUGUGGAGCUGGUGGAACAGCCCCUCCGAGGCAUCCUGGCUGUGCUCGAUGAGGCAUGCAGCACUGCGGGUACCAUCACCGACCGGAUCUUCCUGCAGACUUUGGACACCCACCAUCGGCAUCACCCACACUAUACCAGCCGACAGCUCUGCCCCACAGACAAGAGCAUGGAGUUUGGCCGAGACUUCCGAAUCAAGCACUAUGCGGGGAAUGUCACGUACUCUGUGGAGGGCUUCAUUGACAAGAACCGAGAUUUCCUCUUUCAGGACUUCAAGCGGCUGCUAUACAACAGCACAGACCCUAUCCUACAGGCCAUGUGGCCAGAUGGACAACAGGACAUCACAGAGGUGACUAAACGUCCCCUGACAGCUGGCACACUCUUUAAGAACUCCAUGGUAGCCUUGGUGGAAAAUCUGGCCUCCAAGGAGCCUUACUACGUGCGGUGCAUCAAGCCCAAUGAGGACAAACUGGCUGGGAGGCUGGAUGAGGGCCAUUGCCGCCACCAAGUUGCAUACCUCGGGCUACUGGAGAAUGUGAGGGUCCGCAGGGCUGGCUUUGCAUCUCGUCAGCCCUACCCCCGAUUCCUGCUCAGAUACAAGAUGACCUGUGAAUACACUUGGCCCAACCACCUGCUGGGCUCAGACAGGGCAGCUGUGAGCGCCCUCCUAGAGCAGCACGGGCUGCAGGGGGAUGUGGCUUUUGGCCACAGUAAGCUGUUCAUCCGCUCACCCCAUACCCUGGUCAUCCUGGAACAGAGCCGGGCCCGACUCAUCCCCAUCAUUGUGCUCCUGCUACAGAAGGCGUGGCGGGGCACCCUAGCCCGGCAGCACUGCCGGCGCCUGAGGGCUGUCUACGCCAUCAUGGGAUGGUUCCGGCGGCACAAGGUGCGCACUCACCUGGCAGAGCUGCAGCAGCGUUUCCAGGCUGUGCGGCAGCCACCACUCUUUGGCCGUGACCUCACCUGGCCACUGGCACCAGCAGUGCUGCAGCCAUUCCAGGACACCUGCCAAGUACUUUUCUUCAGGUGGCGGGCCAAGCAGCUGGUGAAGAACAUUCCCCCUUCAGACAUGGCCCAGAUCAAGGCCAAGGUAGCUGCCAUGGGGUUAUUGCAGGGACUGCGCCAGGACUGGGGCUGUCAGAGGGCCUGGGUCCGUGACUACCUGUCCUCAGCCACCGAUAAUCCCACAGCCUCGGGCCUCUUCACUCAGCGGUUGCAGACUCUCCGACAGAAGGAUGGUUUUGGGGCUGUACUCUUUUCUAGCCAUGUCCGCAAGGUGAAUCGCUUCCAUAAGUGCCGGGACAGGGCACUCCUGCUCACAGACCAGUACUUGUACAAACUGGAGCCAGGCAGGCAGUACCGGGUGAUGCGGGCUGUGCCUCUCCAGGCGGUGACUGGAGUGAGUGUGACAAGUGGGCGGGACCAGUUGGUGGUGCUGCAUGCCCGUGGCCAGGACGAUUUGGUGGUCUGUCUGCACCGCACCCAGCCAGAGCUGGACAACCGUGUUGGGGAGCUAGUGGGUGUGCUGGCUGCACACUGCCAAGGGGAGGGCCGGGUCCUGGAGGUCCGUGUUUCUGACUGCAUCCCCUUGAGCCAACGUGGAGGCCGGCGCUUCAUCUCUGUGGAGCCCAAACCUGAUCAACUGGAGCCGGAUUUUCGCUGCAGCAGUGCUGGUUUCACCCUGCUCUGGCCAAGCUGCUGA